GCUGCGGUGCGGGUGAAGAGUGGGCUGGAACUGUGCUAACGAUUUUCGUAGUUGCCUUUUGUCGAUCGGCAUUUAAAGUUGAUUUAGUUUUAGUUGGUACCCGCGUGGCGGGGCGGGGCGGGGCGUGGCAGGGCUGGGAUGCGGAGCGAUCGCCAGAGGGGAGAUGGCACGGUAAUAAGAAGCCCUCCUUCUUCCCCGCCCUGUAUACAAAUCGGAUUCGCACAGACACAAACACGCAAAAGAAGAGCCGCCGCGAAGACAACGGAAGCGUCGACGUCUUGAGUGAUUUUCGGCUUGUCUUUUGCUCGAAUGUGAGUGAAGCGCCGGAUUAGAGAUCGCCCGAGCAAAAACCAACACACAUACAGACACACACCACACGAAGGCACAUUCCCCGAGUGUGAUUCGGCAGUUAAAGGAGGUGGAAAAAUAAUCGUGUUCGCUUUCGUUGCGAUUUUCGUGCUCGUUCUGCGGCCGUGUGUUCUGUGCGAUUCGUUCUGCUCUACUUUUGAUUUUCAAGUGCGGCUCGGCUCUCUCUCCGAUUUGGAUUCUGAUUUGGGAAUACCGACUACGCGUCGACAUUCAUAUGAUGGACGUAACGCGUAUCGUGUCGUAACGACAAUCGGGUCUGGGGUCUGGGGCUGUAUCGGUCUCCUCAGCCGUACCGUACCGUACCGAUCGAUCUCAUCCGCGCAGCUAAGAGCAAAGCCAUCCCGUGCGCCGAGUGAAAUCUCCUCUGAGAAAACUGAGCUUGGAAGAUCGGGGCCCGUGCUGAAACAGUUGCCGAAAUCAGAGCGCUGCCGUUGCCGCACCCGGACAGCGCAGCAGCAGCGCUGCGACAGUGGCAGUGGCAGUGGCAGUGACUGCUGCGGAACAGACGUGAGCUGGGCAGAAUUUUCAUUUAAAUCAAAUCGACGUCACCGUCACCGUCAGUCACCGUCACCGUUAACAAAAAGUGUCAACCCAUAGCCUGCAGCGCUUCAAUUCAGCGUGCGCCGCUUAACGGUAACGGUCCUGCUCGCGAUCGCUCGCUCCAGCAUUUUUUUUCUGGAAUUUUGUUGUUUUUUGUUUUUGCGGUACUUCUCCCGCUGCUACGUGUGUGUGAGUGUGUGUGUGUGUGUCGGUCGUCCAGUGUGUGUCGCGAUUUCCACUCGCGGAAGGAGCACAAAGAGACCGAGCAAAGCAAAGCACAAGAACAGGACCACGCAAGAUAUUGCAAAGAAAAAACAAACGGUGAACGCCUAAGUAACGGUAAAGCAGAGAGAGAGAGAGAGAACAAAAAGUGUUGUGGUUCUUUUUUUUUGUCUGUUUCGAGCACACAUACAUACAUUCCUAAGUGACGGAUAGAGCGACGACGACAUGUCGCCCAAUCGAUGGAUACUCCUGCUGAUCUUCUACAUUUCGUAUCUGAUGCUCGGCGCUGCCAUCUACUAUCACAUCGAGCACGGUGAGGAGAAGGUGGCGCGGACUGAGGCCGCCGAAGAGCGCCAGGAGAUCCAUGCAUAUCUGGUGGAAGAGCUCUCGGAUAAGAAUGUGAGCACACAGAACGAGAUACUCGAACGGAUAACGGAGUACUGCGGCAAGCCGGUGACGGAUAUCGCGAAGGAUGAGCACGAGAUCCCCUUCACGUGGACCUUCUACCAUGCCUUCUUCUUUGCCUUCACCGUCUGCUCGACGGUGGGCUACGGCAACAUAUCGCCGACCACAUUUGCGGGUCGUAUGAUCAUGAUUGUGUACUCGGUGAUCGGUAUACCCGUCAAUGGCAUACUCUUUGCCGGCCUGGGCGAGUACUUUGGGCGAACGUUCGAGGCCAUCUAUCGAAGGUACAAGAAGUACAAGAUGAGCACGGACAUGCACUAUGUGCCGCCGCAACUGGGGCUCAUUACCACCGUGGUGAUCGCUCUGGUGCCGGGCAUAGCCCUGUUCCUGCUGCUGCCCUCGUGGGUGUUCACAUACUUCGAGAACUGGCCCUACUCCAUCUCGCUGUACUACAGCUAUGUGACGACCACAACCAUUGGGUUUGGCGACUACGUGCCCACAUUUGGGCCCAAUCAGCCGCGUGAGUUUGGCGGCUGGUUUGUGGUCUAUCAGAUCUUUGUCAUCAUUUGGUUUAUCUUCUCGCUGGGAUAUCUGGUCAUGAUCAUGACAUUCAUCACGCGAGGUCUGCAGAGCCAGAAGCUGGCGCAUCUGGAGCAGCAGCUGUCCUCCAAUCUGAAGGCCACGCAGAACCGCAUCUGGACGGGCGUCACCAAGGAUGUUGGCUACCUCAGGCGCAUGCUCAACGAGCUCUAUAUCCUCAAAGUGAAGCCUGUCUACACGGACAUCGAUUUUGCAUAUACCAUGCCGCGCUCCGCUUCCUGUCCGGAUCUGAGCAUGUACCGUGUGGAACCAGCACCGAUACCGAGCCGCAAGCGAGCCUUCUCCGUGUGCGCCGAUUUGGCCGCAGCCCAGGAUGCGGCAGCGGCUUCGGGACUAAUGAUCCACGCCAGCUCCGACACGGAGCUGAGCAAGCUGGAUCGGGAGAAGACAUUCGAGACGGCGGAGGCAUAUCGCCAGACGACGGAUCUGCUGGCAAAGGUGGUCAGUGCUCUGGCGACUGUGAAGCCGCCGCCGGCAGCGGAAUCGGAGGACCCGGCGCUCUAUGGGGGCUACCAUGGCUUCUCUGACUCACAGAUCCUGGCCAGCGAAUGGUCCUUCUCGACGGUGAAUGAGUUCUCGGCCCCGCCACCCCGUCGCCAGCGGGCCCGCGCCUGUUCCGACUUCAACAUCGAUCCGCCGCACUGGAAGAGCGAGCGUCCGCUGCGGGCCUUGCACAACGAGUGGACCUGGAGCGGGGACAACCAGCAGAUUCAGGAGGCCUUCAACAAUCGCUACAAGGGCCAUGCCGCCAACGGCGGAGCCACCUCCAUGGUCCACCUGGAGCCGGAUGCCCUGGAGGAGCAGCUCAAGAAGGCGGGCAACACCUCGACUCCCAUUGCCGGGCGCGUCAAGAAGUUCUCGAUGCCGGAUGGCCUACGUCGGCUGUUUCCCUUCCAGCGAAAGCGCCACUCCCAGGAUCUGGAGCGGAAGCUGUCCGUUGUCUCGGUGCCGGAGGGGGCCACCGCACUGCCGCCCCGCUCUCCACUCGACUACUACAACAACACGGUCACCGCCGCCUCCAGCCAGUCGUAUCUGCGCAACGGUCGCGGUCCGCCGCCACCCUUCGAUUCAAAUGGCAGCCUCGCCUCCGGCGGCGGCCUGACCAACCUGGGCUUCCAUCUGGACGACACGGAGCAGGCCUCCCUCCCAGCCGGAGCAGGAGCUAGUGGAGCGUACCAGCGUCGGCCGCCGGCUGCUGGCAAGCGGCGCCGCGAGAGCAUCUACACCCAGAAUCCCGCCAUUGCCGGUCGCCGGGGCAGCAUGUAUCCACCCACAGCAGCGGCGGCGGCCCUGGCCCAGAUGCAGAUGCGACGCGGCAGCAUGGCCACCAGCGGCUCGGGAUCUGCGGCAAUGGCAGCAGUGGCGGCCCGACGGGGCAGCCUCUUCCCGGCCACGGCCACGGCCUCGUCCUCAUCGAUGGCUUCGAUGGCGGCGCCGCGACGCUCAAGCAUCUUCUCGGUGACCUCCGAGAAGGAUAUGAACGUGCUGGAGCAGACCACCAUAGCGGAUCUCAUACGAGCCCUCGAGGUGGUGCACACCCACGCCGUGCUGGACGAGCAGCAGCAGGCGGCUGCGGCAGCAGCAGGCGGCAACAGGCUGGGCAGCCGGAAGCAACGCAAGAUGGGCAAUGCUGGCCUCGAUCCACCCCAGCUGCCGCCCAUACUCUCUCUCUUUGCCGGCGACCAGACCCGCUCACUGCAGGCGGCCGCCGCCAAUCGUCUGUAUGCCCGUCGCUCCACCAUCGUGGGCACCAUGUCGCCGAGUGGCACAAGCCGACCGAUUCUGGAGCCACCACCAAGCUACACGGAGCGGGCAAGCGGUCAGAAUCCGAUUCAGAAUCAAGGGGCACCCUCAACGACUGCAGCCUUGGCCUCGAGCACGGGCAAGUUCCGGCGCCGCUUCAGUGUCCGGCCCACGGCACUGCAGAUACCGCCCGGUCAAGCGCCGCCACCCGGCGCCAGCCUGAUCGAGCAGGCAACGGGCACGGGCACCAGCCCCUCGCAGUCCGCACUGCAGCGCCGCCUCUCGCUGCGUCCCUCGCCGCUGGCCCGUGAACUGUCGCCCACCUCGCCCCCAGGAGGAGGAUCUACCGGUACCGCUGCGGCGGACGAGGCCUCAGCCACACGACUGCUGCCCCUGCCGGCGGGGACAAGGCCCAGCACCAGCAGCACCCACUCACCGUUGUCGAGAAUCGUGCAGAUAUCGCAGGCGCAGCGUAAGAGCAGCAUGCCCACCGCGGGACCUGGAGCGGGCUCGGGCCCUGGGGGAGAGAAGUAGGUGCCGGUGUGCCCAUCCAUACCAAUGUCUAUGAAAGUGAUCGUUUAUCCACCUGUCUGUCGAUAAGGAAUAAUCCUUAGUUGUUAUGAUUAUGUUAUACUAUAUGUAGGGGCCCCAAAGAGGCCCCUCCCAAAGAGAUGUACGAUCUGUUAUCCUAAUGUUAUGUACUCUCUGUACUAUUCUCUCUUAUUUUUUUGUUUGUUAUCCUAUAUUUAUAUUUAUACUUAUCCUCUACAAUAUAUACUCUGUGUGUGCAUAAUGCUAAGAAGGGGCUUACAUGAACAAACGAAACAUCAGCGUAUUCGAAAGGAACUUUGCAAACGAUCCAAUAGAUAAGUAGAUUUAGUUUCACGGCAAGUUUAUGCCGAGAGAUGUACAACUUGGCACAUUCCAAAUUUACUAUUACUAUUCCAUACUCGUGCAUACAUAAAUAUAUUAAACAUUGUCAUAUACCAGCAUAA